UCCGUUUUCAGCUGCGUGCUCUCAAGUUGUCGGCCAUUCAGCGCCGUAAAAUAUCGCUCAAAAGAAUAAGAAUAGGACACAAAUUGGCUUUUCUGUGACACUCUUUGGUCAAAGUUAAACAAGUACUGCAAGCGAUAACAUUUUUGGGAUUUAUAACUGAACUGUUUGGAAUAUGAACUGAUAAUGUAAGCUGUUUUCCUUUUAAGAGCGGAGGUAGACGUUAGCUGGUAGCUUUGUUAGCUGCUCUGGGCCCUUCUAUAUGUAAUUACGGUGGCCCCCUGUGCUUUUAUUUUAUAAAAUGUAUCCCUCUUGGGGUAAUUACGGGGCCCCUCCGCCGCAAAGCUACGGAGGACCUGGUCCUCGUAAACCUCUAGUAGGAACAGGUCAAGCUCCCGGUGGGUUCGGCGGCUUCGAGGCCUCGUCAGGCGGCUCGGUGUUCUCCAGCCUGGAGGAGCAGCAUCGCCAACAGAUGCAGCAGCUCCAGAUGCUGCACCAGAAACAGCUGCAAUCCGUUUUACACCACGGUAACAGCGCGCCGGGAUUUGGGGGUGGAAUUCCGGGUGGUUUUAACUCGGGCCCGCAAUGGCAAUCCGAAGGACCGGGCCACGUAGAAGCGCAACAGGCUCAGCAUCAGCCCCCUCCGAUGCUACCGCAGCAGGCCGAGUCCAAACCAGCCCCACCUCCUCCAGAAUCGCUGAAGCCCCAAGAGAACAUCGGUGCUCCCCAAGCUCCAGAGGUGGGGACCACAAGCCAGUCCAGCACUAAUAACAACUCCCUACCUUUACAGGAGCAACAAAAUGUGUGGUACCAACAGCAUCUUCAGAAUUUACAGAAACUGAGGCAAGAAAAAGCCAAACUAAAUCAGAAAGAGGACAAUGCCUUUCUACCACCGCCGCCACCUUCAAGUCAGGCAGCUCCUCCUCCUCCUCCAUUAGAACCCCCCAAAGGCACACCUCCACCACCACCUCCAAAAGAGGAACCUCCUGUGCCUCCUUUACCUCCGACAGAAGUAACGAAUGCAAAUGUAGGAAACUCAUCUAAACUAACAGACACACCUGAUGCCCCAAAAGACCCAGAAGAAUCUGCUCGUCUCCAGGAAUUACAGGCUGCAGCAGCACAAUGGCAGCAAGUACAACAUCAGAGAGUUAGUUUACAGUACCAGGCUCUCAUGCAGCAGCAUGAAAAACUUCAGCAGGUUCUUGAACAAUAUCAACGGCUCAUUCAACAGCCCCCAAACCUCCAGACAAUGACUGCUGAAAUGCAGCUGAGGCAUUAUGAAAUGCAAAAGCAGCAGUUCAUGUCUUUAUUUCAAAACUGGACUACUUCCUUUGCUUUGUGGCACGAACAGUUCCAGUCUUAUCCUCACAAAGAUCAAUUGCAGGAAUAUGAGCUCCAGUGGAAGCAGUGGCAAGAGCAGAUGAAUGUUACCUAUGUCCAUCUUCAAGAAAGGGUGGUGGCUUUUUCUGCCAUGGUCCCAUUUGGUGCUAUGAUGGGACAAUUUGGCCUUUACCCUGGCCAGGAGAUGCACAUCCCAAACCCCAGUAUCCCACCUCCUACAGUUGCUGUUGGUGCCACCGCACCAGGUGCUGUUGGAACCACAGCUACAGUUGUUGCUAGCUCCAUGGCUCAAAGUGCUGCUGGGGCUUUAUCUCUAGGACAACAACCUCCUCCUUUUAUGACACAUUCAGAAUCAUCUGAUGGACCUCCUAUGCAAGGAACUCUAUCUGCUGGGGCAGGAGACAUGCCCCCUGGUCCCUUGACAACACAGUCUUCAAGUUUCAACAGUGGAACGAGUCAACGGAACAGCAGAUUUGACCAGCCACCACCAGGCUUUAAUGAGCCCCCUAUGUCCAACCAGUCACAUCAGCGUUUCGAUGGACCCCCAAGGCGCAGCAGAUUUGACCAGCCACCACCAUGCUUUAAUGAGCCCCCUAUGUCCGACCAGUCACAUCAGCGUUUCGAUGGUCCACCAAGGUUUGAUCAACCACGGCAGCGUUUUGAUGGUCCCCCAAGAUUUGACCAACCACGGCAGCGUUUUGAUGGUCCCCCAAGAUUUGACCAACCACAGCAGCGUUUUGAUGGUCCCCCAAGAUUUGACCAACCACGGCAGCGUUUUGAAGGUCCCCCAAGGUUUGACCAACCACGGCAACGUUUUGAAGGUCCCCCAAGGUUUGACCAACCACGGCAACGUUUUGAUGGUCCCUCAAGGUUUGACCAACCACAGCAGCGGUUUGAAGGUCCCCCAAGAUUUGACCAACCGCGACAGCCCUUUGAUAAUCCCCCUAGACAUGACCACCCUCAGUUUGGACAACAAUCUAGAUUGGAACCCACAAGACCCAUUGGCCCACCAUCGCGUUUUGAAUCUCCUUCCCCAUCUCUGCAAAAAACACAGAAAGAUCCUGAACAAAAUUUGGAGAAGGAAAUUCAGGGUUCUGCCAGUACAGUUUCAACAACUCCAUCUAAACCACUUGCUCAACCAAAGUCUCCUAACAAAGAGAAAGAUGUUCCAAAUAAAGGUGGGGCUGAAGACUUGACAGAUGAUAGCUUGCUUGGAGGAGAAGGCUUUUUUAUUCCAGAUGCCCCUAUUCCCCAGACAUUACAUGACACAGAGCCUACGAAAGCAAAUGACAAAAGUGCCACUGAUGGUGGCAAUAAAGACAAACCUGGUACUGAAACUAAAACUUCAAUGUCAUUAUCAAAACCACUACCACAAAACACAAAAAAAGACGAUGGACAACUGACAAACAACAAAACACCUUUAAUUAAAAAGACUCCAGAAAUCCAAACAGAACUACAGAGUCCUAUUGAGUUGCCACCAAAACCAAAGCUUCCCAAUCCUCCUUCUGGAAGGGGACGGGGUCAGCCUCCAUUGCGUGGUCUAGGGAAAGGACAGUUGGGCCCUAGCCAGUUUAGGGAACAUAAUACUCCACAAACUGGAGAGGAGAUGGCAGAAAUGGCCUAUGAUUAUAUGCCACCGGAAGAAGAUGCAGAAAUACCUGAAGACAAACAAGACUACUGGCAAGAUCCCUCAAAUUCAGGGUUUGGGGGAGAUGAAUCUGAGAUGGCCUCUGAGGAAACAUGGAUGCCAGAGGAACAUUAUUUUGAAGAGGAAGAGUAUUAUGAGGAGCCUAUGGCACCACAUAUGGGAAGAGGCAGACCACCUAUGAGAGGAGGGCCUAUUGGAGGAAGAGGAGGUCCACCAAUGGGAAGGAGGGCUCCCCUGCUUGGAAUGGGCCCACCUAUAGGAAGAGGAGGUCCACCCAUGGGUCGAGGAUUUCCUUCAAUGGGCAUUAGGGGAGGACCACCCAUGGGCAUUAGGGGAGGACCACCCAUGGGCAUUAGGGGAAGACCACCCAUGGGCAUUAGAGGAAGACCACCCAUGGGCAUUAGAGGAAGGCCACCCAUGGGCAUUAGAGGAAGGCCACCCAUGGGCAUUAGAGGUGGGCCUCCCAUGGGUCGUGGUGGGCCUCCCAUGGGUAGAGGUGGACCACCCAUGGGCAGAGGUGACUCAAAUGAUAUAGAUUGGACAGAGGCUGAGUCAGCUGAGUAUUCUGAAGAAGGGAACCCUUACUGGGAAGAAUGGCAGCCUCAAAUGCGAGGCAUGAGACCCCCAUUUCCGCCUGGUCGGGGUCGACCCCCACGUGGACACCCUGCUUUUAUGCCACGAGGUCGAGGCGGUCCAAUUCACUCUGUUCACGGUGAGAUGGCUCAUGAGUCUGUGGGUCGUGAAAUGGGCUUAGAUGAUGCCGGUGAAGAACUAACAAUGUACCCUAUGUACGAUGAGCAUGACCGAUACAGCCAUCCUCAUGUAGGAAGAGGUGGACGUAUACCCCCACCUCCUCAUGAACUGUUGGAUCGUUUGGAGGAGCCUUUGUAUGAUGGAGGGGAGGAAAGCUCUGAGUGGUAUCCUCCACAUGAAAGAGACCCUCCGAUGCCUCCACAUGAAAUAAUUGAUAGGGGAGGAAUAAGAAGACGACCUAUGGGUCGGGGAAUGGCAAGGGGAAUGUGGCGUCCAGGUCAGGAACCCGAGAGGUAUGAAGAGUAUAGUAAGGAGUAUGCUGUGGAUUACAAUCAUGGUGAGGAUGGGUAUCCCCGGCGUCCAGUCCAGGACUUUCCAUCAGAUGAAUAUCAUCAUGAAGCCAAAUACUUGAGGUCAGAGUGGGACAGAGAUGCACUGUCUGAAAGAGAGUACCCUCCCCGCAUGCCGCCCCCAGCACACCUCAGGGAGGAGCACCUCAGAGAGGAGCACCUCAGAGAAGAGCACCUCAGAGAGCAGCACCUUAGGGAGGAGCACUGGAAACAGGAAAUGGAGAGACGUCACUCAUAUCCAUAUGAUGAAAAUGACAGGGCAAGGGGGGAGCUCAGAAUUCUUGAAUAUAGAGGUGAGCCCCCAUACAGGCUGGAUGAACCCCCUCACCUGCGGGCUUCAGACUGGGAUAGGCCUUCUAGACGUUCUCCCUUACCAGUGAGGGGGUACCCAGACUAUGAUGAUCCUAGACCUCAGUUUGAUGAACGGAAGGAGGAGCCACCAUCUGCAGCAUCUACAACAGACUUGCCUUCAAGCUUAGCUGAAACGGCUGCCCAAGGAACAAACUCUGCAAAUGUGCUGGCCCUUUCUCAACGGCAGCACGAAAUAAUCUUGAAAGCUGCUCAAGAACUUAAGCAAAUAAGGGAACUACAAGAGGGAAAGACCCCCAGUACUGAAAAUCAGCCUGGAUCCAGUGACACACUGCCAGAGCUUCCUGCAGGCCUUCUGGGCUUGGAGAUCCCACCUGAUGUUAGGAAUGUGUUAAAGGGUAUAAGUGCUGCUGCCCAGACUCCUGGCACAGAGUCUGUGGCCUGGCAAAGCAAACAUGCUGCUGCUGCAGGAGAUUACCAAUCACCACAGUUGGCUUCAGCCAAACCCACUCCUAAAACUGUUGAUUACGGACAUGGCCACGAGCUCGGGGCAACUGUAGAGCGGAUCUCAUAUGGUGAGAGGAUAGUAUUGAGACCUGACCCUUUGCCAUCAGAUCGCCUCUAUGAAAAAGAACUGCUUGGCCUAAGAGAUCCCUAUGCUAGAGACCUGUAUCAUGACCGUCGAUCGGACCCCUAUUUGGAUCGCCGGGAGUAUAGCAGAGAGAGGGAGCUGUUCCGAGAAACUCCCCCGGAGUAUGAAAGAGACAGAUAUGAGAGGGAGCGUUACCAUUCACGAGAAAGAGAUGACAGCACACAUACCUUGGUUGAAGAAAGGUCUCCACUGGCUCCUCGAUCAUCAUACAGGGAAAGAGAUAAGGAGCGGAGUGGCAGUCGGGAUCAAGACGAUUAUUACGGAAGACAUAGCUAUGACAGACCUCCACAUGAUCGGUCCGGACCAGAACGCCUCGGGGCCGAGCGUUACAGCUCACCGUUCUUGGAAAGAAGAAGUUACCCAGAGGAGCGAGGGUCACACCCUCCUGCACCAGUCCCUCCACCACCUUCACGGGUCGAGAAGAAGCCUGAAAUAAAAAAUAUUGAUGACAUCCUCAAGACACCUGGUAGAUUAUCACGGCCUGAAAGGAUUGUGAUUAUAAUGAGGGGCCUUCCAGGAAGUGGGAAAAGCCAUGUUGCAAAGCUUAUACGGGACAAGGAGGUUGAAUGUGGUGGUGCACCUCCAAGGGUUCUUGUUCUGGAUGACUACUUCAUGACCGAGGUGGAGAAAGUUGAGAAAGACCCAGACACAGGAAGGAGAGUAAAAACCAAGGUUCUUGAGUAUGAGUAUGAGCCGGAGAUGGAGGAUACCUACAGGAGCAGCAUGCUGAAAACAUUUAAGAAAACUCUGGAUGACGGUUUCUUCCCCUUCAUCAUUUUGGACACCAUUAAUGACAGAGUUAAACAUUUUGAGCAGUUUUGGAGUGCAGCCAAAACUAAAGGCUUUGAGGUGUAUGUAGCUGAAAUCACAGCUGACACUCAAACCUGCGCAAAGAGGAAUGUCCAUGGCCGCACACUUAAGGAUAUAACAAAGAUGUCCAAAAACUGGGAAUCCUCUCCUCGUCACAUGAUGCGCCUAGAUGUGCGGUCCCUGCUUCAAGAUGCUGCGAUUGAGGAGGUUGAAAUGGAGGACUUUAACCCAGAAGAAGCACCCCAAGAAACCAAGAGGGAGGAGGAAGAAGAGAGUGAUCUGGGCUAUAUUCCAAAAAGCAAAUGGGAGAUGGAUACAUCAGAGGCCAAACUUGACAAGCUGGACGGCCUGGGAAGCGGUGGGAAGAGGAAGCGUGACAGUGAACAUUUGUCAGGCAUCGAGGACUUCCUGCAGCUGCCAGAUGACUAUGCCACACGCACGUCUGCUCCAGGAAAGAAACGGGUCCGAUGGGCUGAUCUUGAAGAGCAGAAAGAUGCAGAUCGAAAGCGUGCUAUCGGUUUUGUAGUGGGUCAAACGGACUGGGAAAAAAUAACAGAUGAGAGCGGACAGUUUGCACAAAGAGCUCUGAACCGUACAAAGUAUUUCUAAGAAGAUGAUCGAAUUCUUUAUUUUGGUUUAUGGAAAGGUGCCCAGAUUGUUAACACGUUCCAGCUUCUUGGUGAAACCUACAUCAGUGCGAUAUUCCCAGCAGUUGUCAUUUGAUUUUCAUUCACUAAUAAUAUAAAGAACAUAUUUUUUUCCCAGCUGGAUGAUUUGUGGUAGAUAAUCUGUGCUUCAGACAUCUUUUAGUCUUCUGUUUUAUACUUCUUGACUUCAUGUUCUGUAUACUCAAAGAACUGUUUUAGUCUAUGUGUUGUAGAGUAAAAUAAAUGGUUCACAACAUUAUAAACUUCUGAUAUGAUUUGUCAGUGGUGUUUCAUUGUGACGGUUGUGUGUUGCUCUAUGUACGGAUGAUCUGCUGUUCAGUUUGCUAUUCCAUAUUAAAUGUCUUGCAUGUUUCAGCUUUGAAACCACUUUUUUUUUUCAGACACUUAUCCGCUGUAUCCAUCUGUUAAACUACUAAGCUCACUGUUAAGCUAAUGCUUAUUUUUGUAAACUAACCAAAUAUUUUUUAUAUAAUUCAAUCCAAUGUGAAGUAGAUGUAGGAACAAAGAUGAUGGUUUAAGUCCCAUUUUCUGUAAUUCCCUUUUCUAGAUUUUGAGCCUCUUAUUGCUGUGCAUGUCACCAGGUGGUUUUUGAAACAUUAAAGAGGAGCCAGUUCCUUUCAAUAA